UAACGAAGAAUAUUCUUCUUUUAUCUUUUUUUUUUUUUAGCUUUGACGUCGAAAUGGAGGUUUUUCCACUGAAUUCCGGUGUGGUGUUUGUGCAGGCUCGAGAUCAGCGUGAACGCGCGUCUGUCCAAUAGCAUUUGUCAGGAACAGCAGAGGCUCGAGCAGGACUGGAGUCAGUGGAACGACGGAACUGCGUGUGUUCCAGGAAAAUUCGAAACGCCCUUUUUCUCGAGUUCCAUUUUGCGAAUAGGGAAGCAUAUGCUCACAAGAAUAUGAAGAAGGCUUAAACUACUUGCUGGGCUACUUGCUGUAUGUGCUUGUGUCUUAAACCGUAUUUAACUGUGUUUAACUAGCCUAUAGAGUGUUUAGUAAACUCGGUUUCUUACAGGCAACGUGCUGUAAAAUACAGUCUAAAGGACGUAGGCUACAGGAUGUCUUCCACAAUUUUUAAGUAUCAGAUCCUCCUCACCCUCAUCUGUAUUGCAGUGUGUUACGAGCCCACAAAGGAGGACUUGAAGUGUUUUAAUGACUAUGAGACAGAAAUGAAAUGCAGUCUCUACUCUGAACGUCUCCAAAGAUGCUCUGGACUCAAGCUUGACAUUACUCAUGAAUUAUCCAAUACGUUUAAAAAUUAUACAUGCAUCUUUGAGAGAAGUCAUCACAGUGACAAUUGUGAGUGCAUUAUUCCAGUGGAUGAGUUUGUUGCAUUGGAGAACUUCAGUACUACACUUCUGGAAGGAUCAAAUGUUUUAUUAAACAAAACAUUUGUGACUUCAGACUUCAUCAAACCUAAAAGUCCAGUCUUAUCAGUGCAAAAGACUGAAAAUGGAAACUUUAAUGUAACUUGGGAUGACCAAUAUGGAAAAUAUGGUUUGGUUGGAAGAAAUUUUGUUGAAAGCUUACAAAUAAAUCUGAUCUAUGGCAUCAAAGGAGGACACAAAAAUAUAUCCAAGACAGUGCAGAACACUGUGGGAUGCCAUGAGAUUGUAGCCGAAAAUCUCCAACCAAAUACUAACUACAUUCUGACAGCAACAAUGAGCACUGACUAUAAUGAUCAUAGUAUAUUUAGUGACCAGAGCGCAGCAGUUGAGUUCACCACCUCCUCAUCCCCAAAUGAAAUAGCCAAAAUUAUGAUUCCACUUCUCUGUGCUGCUUUAAUCAUCAUCAUUAUUGUUUUCUUCAUCUGCAUUUUGAGAAUGAAGACGAAUUGGUGGGACAAAAUCUCCAAGCCAAAAGUGGAUACCAAUCUUGGAGAUGAGAAGGGUUAUAUGUUGCCUCCAUUUGCUAUGAAAUCCUCUCCAAUCCAAGUAGAGAUUCCAACACUGGACCUUCAGAAGAAUACGAAUUUGAUCUCGGCAUUAUCAGUAGAUACAAACAAUGAAAAAAGUUCCCACAGUGUUGAGUCAGCACCUGUGGAUUAUGGCCAGGCUGGCCCUGAUAGCAACAUCAACAUUCAAUUACUUGUUGAGCAGGCAUUGGAUGAGGUGUUUAGUUUAAACCCCAAAGCAAACCCAUCACCAUUCCCUGCCAACAAUCCGGAUAUUACGAGAAGCUCAUACAAGAGUGUUGACUGUUUGAGUUCCUCAAGAGAACACAGCCGUGCAAACCGAGACUCGGGCAAUUGCUCUGGCUCAUCGGUUUUCAGCAAUGUGCCAUAUUUUGUAUCAGGCACUGAUGAUUCUUUAUUCUCGGAUACAGGCAAUACAAGCCCAUAUGAGUGCUUCAGCAGUGUAUUAGAAAAGGGAAAUGAUCCCGAUAGUUGUGUGAAACUUCCGAAUUCUGUUGGUGCUGAUGAGAAAUGCAUCAGGGAAAGUCAUAUCACCAGCACAAAUCCACCCUUUACCCCAUCGAUUCUGGAUGGCGGCAUUGUCACACCAAGUGAUAAAGGAUAUGAGCCUUUUCAAGGCUUAACAAAGAGCACAGAAGGACAGUGGAUCACAAGCAUCGGUACUGAACAAGCCCUUAAUGCAUGUGGAGCUUUGAAAUUCCCCCACAGCACUGGCCAAGAUCCCACAUCUGUGCAGCAAAGUCCUUGGGCCUCUUCUUUCUCAUCUGUUAUUCCAGUAGACAGUUCAUAUCAGUGUGUUUAACUGGGCUGUAAAAACAAAAGAUAAGUACAUGCCCAGAAUCUUUAAUCCUUUUUUGCAUGCAGUGUCUAGAUUUACAAUGAAUAUUUAAUCUGAAAAUAUGACUGGUAAUAAGAACUAUGCGAACUUUGUUUAUCGUUUGCUCAGGCUUAAAGCCAAAGCCAUGAAUUCAGGUUUUUCUAGCUACUUGUGCGAUAAGAUGUUGAACAAUGCCUUUUAGGGAUACUCCACCCAUUAAAAUGAUCUCAUGCUGUUCCAGAUGACUUUCUUUCUACUGUGGAACACAAACAAAGAUUUUUAGAAGAAUAAUCCAUUUUAGUGAGUCCAUAAAAUGCAAGUGUAUGUUAGUAAAUGAUCGGAGAAUAGUCCUUUUUCAGGUGGAAUAUCCCUUUAAAUGCCUGUUGAGAUCAUAUACAGUAACUAGUUAUUCUUGUUAUUCAUACUUAUGAUCUUUUAUUUUACACAUAAUGCCAUAAGUGACACCAAGUCAAAUUUGCAAAGGCAAAUUUUAAAGUCAUGAUAACAAUACACCUCUUAUUCUGUUUAAUUGUGCUGUGGAAACAAAUGUUGGGUAUGUUUACAUUCUAACUAUUGAUCUCUAGAGUUGCACUGGAUACUUUGAAAAUAUUACCAUUAAUGAGAAACUUUGUUAAAAGCUAAAUCCAGGAUCCACUCUUUUAACAAUAAGGGGUUAUGCAGUGACUUAAAUUCUCUUGGAAGUCAUGUAUUAUUUUUCUUGGCAUUGACAUUUUUAUUACAUUAUACGACAUUUGCUAAUGGCAUUAUUAGAGGGUCUAUACUUGCUGCCUCAGUUUGUGAAUAGAACUAGUAUUUUUCUAUAGGAUGUUGUUUCAACAACAACAAAAUAUAUUUUUGUAUAUAUGGUACAUUUCAAUGUAGAUGAAACUGUCAUCUUUUGUGUUUUGCUGUCAGCAGGACAGUGGUUUAGUCUUCAAAGACUCCACUCCACCUCAGUUGGUUCAUAAACAGUUAUUGUCAGCCUGUGUACAGUUACUAUGCUGUUAAACAGGUGAUUGGUACGUGCAUGAAACAUUUCAUUAUUUGUGUAUGUAAUCACUACAGGUCCACCUACACUAUGGCAUUCUAACAAAAACGAAAGCACUUCUCAAUAAAAGCAAUGUAAAUGUA